GUACACAAGUUGGCACCAGGUCCUUCACAAUAUUGAUAAGGACAAAAAUGGCUAUAUUACGAUGGACGAACUUUAUGAAGUACUCAAAGAAAGCGGCAACGCAGAAAGCACCAGCAUAAAAGAUUUGCAGGCCUUCAUCAGAGAAUAUGACGAGGAUGGAGAUGGAAAGCUGAAUUACCACGAAUUCCUGGAUUACCUACUUGAUAGACCCAACGAGGCACUUUUAGAAAAAACCUCCAGAGAACUACAUGGCGGUGUUCCUCAUGCGACCUAUUCGAUCGUCUCCUCCUACUCCUACCCCAUCACCAUACGCAUUGCUCACCCGUA